UCUAGAAACUUUCGGAUUAUGUCUCUUCCACUUCCAGUUCAAGAAGAGAGAGAGGGGGGGGAGGGUGUGAUGAGUUCUUCGCCGAAGAGCAAGGGUGACGAAAGACCACGGUUCUUCGAUUCAAAAACGAAGAGCAAGUGCUGGGCAAACGCGGAUGUGGUGCCGGGCCGACACCCUGAGCGGUGGCGGCAAGACGCCGCCGGCAACGUCGUCUGUAAGCGCUUCUGCAACUGCCAGGGCUGCCUCUGCUUCGAGUACGAUCACAUCGUUCCAUUCUCCAAAGGUGGUGAAUCCACAGAAGAAAAUUGUCAGAUUCUUCAAACAAGGGUAAACAGAUUCAAAUCAGACAAAGACAAAAUCGAUACAGAUAAAUUGAAAGGUUACUCUUGUGAUGUCAAGUUUACAGAUAAGGAGCUUGACAUAAUCGAAAUGGCCGUAUAUGGUGACGUGAUCCGCCCAGGAAACCAAUGCCGAUGCAGAACUGUAGCCGAGAUGCUUGGACAGCACAAGUCGAAAGACCAAACAGCUGCUUGCAAGUUGCCAUAGGUUGGGCUCUUUAGCAACCAAUUACUAGUUUUUAAGACUUAAAAGUGAGUUCAUCAAUUCAACUUGUGACCCUGCACACAAAUUUGGGUCAACUUGAAUAAUGUCUGAUUAGACAUGUUAAUCAAAUUUUAACUUUCCUUGUACCAUCAUGGCCAUUGACAUAAUGUUUGGAAUUUAUCUUCCCCCAUCAAAGCAAUUUUCUUAUCCUGCUGUGUUUUAAGUCAA